AAAAUAGCUUUAGAAAAGUUGGGACUGAAAGUGGACGCCUAUUACUCCUCAGAAUCAAACACCAAUGCCAUUGAAAUCUCGAAAAAUCAUAACAAAAAUAGUGUUGUAUUUGUUGAUUCCAUUGAGAACCUCACACUGGAAAAGAUCGUAGCCAUGGGUCCCAUUGAUUUAGUUUUGGGUUCUUCGCCGCCAGAAUAUUCUUCAAACGCUUCCAUUCGUAAAAGUCUUAUCGAGAACAAAGGAAGCGGUCAUUACUUUUUGUACUUCAAUCAUAUCUUACAUUUGAUUCGUUUGACAAACAAAAGCCGACAUAUUUUCUUCUUAUGUGAAAACUCUAAUCCG